AGGGGCUGCGCGCGCACCCGACGGGGCGCCUUCGGUGGGAAGGGCCGCUGUGCAAGGUGGCGGGGUCCCUCUGCAGUGUCCGUGUCCACAGCGAGGAGGGUGAGGUGAUCGUGGACCAAUGGUGAAGGGAAGUAAAUGAUUGACGACGAUUUGUGUUCCUUUUCCACAGAGUGCCCAGAGCCGCAGGGAAAAAUGGUGGAAAAUUCACCGUCGCCAUUGCCAGAAAGAGCGAUUUAUGGCUUUGUUCUUUACCUAAGCUCCCAGUUUGGCUUCUUACUUUAUCUUGUAUGGGCGUUUAUUCCUGAAUCUUGGCUACACUCCUUAGGCUUAACCUAUUGGCCUCAAAAAUAUUGGGCAGUUGCAUUACCCGUCUACCUCCUUAUUGCUAUCGUAAUUUGUUAUGUGCUCUUAUUUGGAAUUAACAUGAUGAAUACGUCUUCACUGAACUCCAUUCAUACCAUCACAGAUAACUAUGCAAAAAAUCAACAACAGAAAAAAUACCAAGAAGAGGCCAUUCCAGCAUUAAGAGACAUCCCUAUUAGUGAAGUAAACCAAAUGUUCUUUCUUGAAUCCAAAGAACUUUAUACCCCAAAUUGAGACCAAACAUUUAUUUGUAAGGUUUGGACUGAAUAAACUUGAUCAUAAUUAUA